AGAUUCUCCACCGGAAGUGCCCUCCUGGCUGUUCUUCUGCUCGCCCCCGACGUGGAUGUGGGCUCUCCGGUGUGGAUUUACAUACCCUGGUUUCCGUGGGACUGGGAAGCGAAAGAGCAGGGUGGUGGUGCGCCGUCCAGGAACCGAGGGAAGCAGCGUUUCUCGGACUAAACAUGAACUUCUAGAGCGGUGUUCGGCUCCGCUCCGCCUGCUGUUUGGGCCAAAGAAGACAGCGUCGGUAACUUUUCUCCCCCCGGAGUACUUUUUCUUGUCCGGAGGAAAGCUUGGAGUUUUUUUUUUUCUGAAGGGGGGUAAAGACGGGAAGCAGCUUGAGUUGAACCCGGUUUGAGGGGCUGUGGCCAUGGCCGGGGGAGGUGGCAGUAGCGGAGGGGUUUCUCCGUUGGGGCCCGCUCCUCCAAUGUGGUAUCACCGGGACCUAAGUCGAGCCGCGGCCGAGGAGCUGCUCGCGCGAGCCGGGAGGGACGGCAGCUUUCUGGUGCGGGACAGCGAGAGCGUCAGCGGGGCUUACGCGCUGUGUGUGCUCUUCCAGAAGCACGUCCACACCUACAGGAUCCUGCCAGACGAUGAGGGAUUUCUGGCCGUGCAGACGUCUCAGGGCGUGCAGCCCAAGAGGUUUAAGACGCUGCCAGAGCUGGUGUCGUUGUACCUCAAUCCCAGUCAGGGUCUGGUCACCACGCUGCUGUACCCCGUGGAGCGGGAGGAGAUGGCCUUCCCCGACGACAGAGACUACUCAGAUGGAGAAGAUGAGAAGCCGCCCCUUCCUCCACGCUCCUCUUCCACUUCUACCCCCCCUGGACCAGAAACGCCCACUGAGAGUAGUCCAGCAGCUAAUGGCCUGAGCACCAUCUCCCAUGAGUACCUGAAGGGCAGCUACGCGUUAGACCUUGAAGCAGUCAAACAGGGAGCCUCCUCCCUGCCUCAUCUCAACAAAACACUAGUUGCCUCCUGCAAGAGGCUUAAUGGGGAAGUGGACAAGGUUCUUUGUGGACUGGAGAUCCUUUCAAAAGUAUUUGAUCAGCAGAGUGCAUUUAUGGUCUCAAAGAUGAUUCAGCAGUCAGUGAAUCAGGGUGGAGACCAGGAGUUGGAGAACUUGGUGACAAAGCUGGCAAUUCUGAAAGACCUGUUGUCUUCCAUUGAGAAAAAGGCUCUGAAAGCACUACAGGACAUGAGCUCUUCCUCCCCCUGCUCUCCUCCUCCUUUCUCCAUGCGUCACAGCAAAGCCAUUCCUGUGCAGGCCUUUGAGGUGAAGUUGGAUGUGUACCUGGCAGAGCUGACCAAAAUAGGAAAGAGUCAGAAGUACACUUUGUCUGUGGAUGUGGAAGGAGGGAGGCUGGUGGUGAUGAAGAAGGUCAAGGACAAUCAGGAGGACUGGACCACAUUCACACAUGACAAAAUACGUCAGCUGAUCAAGUCUCAGCGAGUGCAGAAUAAACUGGGCAUCGUUUUUGAGAAAGAGAAAGACAAGAGUCAGAGGAAAGACUUUGUCUUUGCCAGUGCGAAGAAGAGGGAGGCGUUUUGUCAGCUGCUGCAGCUCAUGAAAAACAAACAUUCCAACCAGGAUGAGCCAGACAUGAUUUCUAUUUUCAUCGGCACCUGGAACAUGGGGUCAGUACCGGCUCCAAAGUCUGUGGCAUCUUGGGUGUUGUGCCGCGGCCUCGGGAAAACUCUGGACGAGAUGGCGGUGGCCAUCCCUCACGACCUGUACGUGUUUGGGAGCCAGGAGAACUCGGUGUGUGAUCGGGAGUGGGUGGAGUCGCUGCGAGUUGCGUUAAAGGAGCAGACCGAACUGGAUUAUAAACCGAUCGCUGUCCAAACACUGUGGAACAUCAAGCUGGCUGUGUUGGUGAAACCGGAGCAUGAGAACCGAAUCAGCCAUGUGGGGAUGUCCAGUGUCAAGACGGGCAUCGCCAACACUUUAGGUAACAAAGGAGCAGUGGGUGUGUCGUUCAUGUUUAACGGGACAUCAUUUGGCUUCGUGAACUGUCACUUGACUUCAGGGAACGAGAAGAUUGGCAGGAGGAACCAGAAUUAUCUGGAUAUCCUGCGGCUGCUGUCUCUGGGAGACAAGCAGCUGAGCUCCUUUGACAUCUCCCUGCGCUUCACUCAUCUCUUCUGGCUGGGAGACCUCAACUACAGGCUGGACAUGGACAUACAGGAAAUUUUAAACUAUAUUAACAGGAAGGAGUUUGAGCCGCUCCUUAAAGUAGACCAGCUGAACCUGGAGAGGGAGAAGAAUAAAGUCUUUUUGCGCUUUGCGGAGGAGGAGAUCUCAUUCCCACCCACCUACAGAUAUGAGCGGGGCUCCAGGGACACGUACGUCUGGCAGAAGCAGAAGGCCACAGGGAUGAGGACUAAUGUUCCGUCCUGGUGUGACAGGAUCCUCUGGAAGUCCUAUCCAGAAACGCACAUCGUCUGCAACUCCUAUGGCUGUACAGAUGAUUUAGUGACCAGUGAUCAUUCCCCUGUUUUUGCAACGUUUGAGGUUGGAGUGACCUCCCAGUUUGUCUCCAAGAAAGGUCUGCCAAAGUCCUCAGAGCAAGCGUAUAUUGAGUUUGAGUGCAUCGAGGCUAUAGUGAAGACGGCAAGCAGGACUAAAUUCUUCAUUGAGUUCUACUCUACUUGUUUGGAGGAGUUCAAGAAGAGUUACGAGAACGACACUCAGAACAGCGACAACAUCAACUUUCUGCGGGUGGGCUGGUCCAACAAGCAGCUAACAACUCUCAAGCCUCUUCUGUCAGAGAUCGAGUACCUGCAGGACCAGCACCUGCUGCUGACCGUGAAGUCAGUGGAUGGAUACGAGUCCUACGGAGAAUGUGUUUUAGCUCUCAAGUCAAUGAUCGGCAGCACAGCGCAGCAGUUCCACACAUACCUGUCUCACCGCGGUGAGGAAACCGGCAAUAUCAGGGGGUCCAUGAGGGUCAGAGUCCCUUCAGAGAGAAUGGGAACCAGGGAACGACUUUACGAGUGGAUCAGUGUGGACAAGGAUGAGACGGGAGGACCUAAAGGGAAAUCUUCAGUGGUGUCCAGAACGGGUCAUGAGUAUGUGAAGCCGUCUAUGGUUCGCAAGCAGCUGGGAGAGCUGGGAAAGGUCAGCGAGGAGACGGAGAAAAGCAGCAAGGACGAAACUGUGGCAAGACCCAAGCAGGAGGCGUCAGACGGCGGCGACUCCAUCAGAAAGAACAGCUUCAACAAUCCUGCCUACUACAUCCUGGAAGGAGUCCCUAACCAAUCUGCUGCAGCUAUUUCCCCAGAACUCCUCCCAUCUCCCACCUCCAACAACCCCCCAGCAGCUAAAGCCAACCCACCCUCAGCAGGAGUUCGAACCAAACCCCCCGCUGCACCUUCAGGGCCCCCUCACCCUCGCAGAGCCGCGGCAGGCCCCCCAGCCCGGACGAUUGCUGAGGAGGGCUCCUCAGAGGACGAUGGAGGUGCCUGUGUGACGGGGGCACAGGGAGGAGGUGCCGGGAGCACGUUGAAUCGGCCCCCUCCUGACUUCCCCCCGCCUCCUCUGCCUAAAGGAGCCCUGGAGAUGGUCACGGAGGCCCAGUUUAGCAAACCCCGCCCCCUGUACCCAGACUUGGCGGAAGUCAGGAUCCCACCAGCUGGACCUGGUGGCCCGCUGGCCCUGGGGGAGGGCUUCAGGCGGGGAGGGGGCGUGGCGCUGGACGACCAGUCAUGCUCCGUGCUGCAGAUGGCUAAGACGCUGAGCGAGAGUGAGUUUAGUGGACAGCCUCCCCCCCGCGCUCCCUCAGCACCUCCACCUCUUCGAGGGCAGCCCAUGGGGGCGGGUCUGGAUGCAUGCCGCACCUUCCCCCCCAGGAACCCCAUCACGGAAAGCAUUGCAGAGGACAUGCCGGAGGGGGCCCUCUGGGGGAGCAGCAGCUCAUCUCUGUCGGUGGGGGAUUCAUCAGUGGGGGAGUGGCUGCAGCGGCUGGGCCUGGAGAAGUACGAGCAGGGCCUGCUGCACAACGGCUGGGACGACCUGGAGUUCCUCAGUGAUAUCACAGAGGAGGACCUGGAGGAGGCCGGAGUCCUAGACCCCGCCCACAAACAGAUCCUGCUGGAGAGCCUGAGGCAGCAGCAGAAAUAACAAGUCUGUGCCAAACCAUUUCAAAACCACCUGGAGCCACAAAGGCCCGAGCUGAGCAGAACUCGGUUGGGACGCGCCUUCGCAUUCCAGACUGUGCCUUUCGGGAGGAAUUGCACUCCGUUUGUACUUUUUCAGAAACACUCGCCGAACCCUCGGCCUGCCCCUCCCUUUUUUGUACUGUAUGUGUGUUGCUGUCUCGGCGUGGUCUUAUUUAAUUGUAGCCCUGCGUUCGUUCAAGUGUCACUACAUAACUCUGACUGCGUCGCACCAUCAGAUGUUACUGAGCAUUUCAUUUUAGGAGCUGAUGAGGGAUAAAUCGUUUUCAGAGUAAACGUAGGAGGGUCAUUCUUCUGGUUUUAUAAUGUAAAGAUCCCCUCGGUUCCUAUUCUCUGAUCAACACUGCCUUUUCUACGUCUCAGGUUUAUUCCCAAUCGUCUCAAUAAAAAAGUGGGAAUCAGAAGACUGAGAAUGAUGUAACAGGAGCUCUUCAGCAGCUGUGACUGAGGGAAAAAGAGUGACCUGCUCUUUUUUUGUUUAGUUUUGGUUCAUGGAUGUCUGUGCAGCCCUUGGUUGACAGACCAUUUCUGCAUAUAUUUAUAAAUGUAUGCUUUAAAUCAUAAAGGGAAUAUCGAGAAAACCAAA